AUGGACAGACUACCUCACGACUUGCUCUGCAAGAUAUUCCUGGAAACCUUGCCAGAAAGACGGGAAAUAGAAUAUAAGCAACGGCACUCAGCUCCAUUCCUCAUGCCACUCUAUAUUUCUCAUGUAUGCAAGAAGUGGCGGGAAGUGGCAUUAUCACUUGGGGAGCUAUGGUCGUUCUUGUGUAUUACUUAUAAUGGCGGUGAAGAGUCAAAGCUACGGAUAACAAUCCUUGAAGUUUUCGAUACCUUUUUGGAAAGAACAAACGGAUCGCCUCUCAAUUUCACUUUCUAUUGCUAUCUUUCAAGAGGGCUUCAAGAGGACUCGCGCCGUGUAGCUGAGCAUAUAACUACCACUUUGCUUUCCGAGCAAUCUCGCUGGAGGGAUGUCGACUUCGUAUGGACGGGCCUACAGCCUUCUCCGCACUUGCAAGGUAUAAGCGCAACUAAUAUGCCUAUGCUGACGGCUCUUGCCCUUCACGUGUCUAUCUAUUCGGAUGAUGGAGCUCCGAUCGUUGCUCAUGUGAGCACUGCUCAUUCGCUAAGUCUAGAGCGCUUGACGCUUCUUGGUAACUUCACACUGGAAACGGGCGACGAUCCGAUCUUGACGCUCAGACAACCGAGCAUGCUCAUGUUCGAGGAUGAGUGCACCGAGAGUGCGGCAGUGGAUACCUGCGUGGAGUUUCUCAAGUCUGCUCCUCGCUUGACGGAUUUCCAUGCAUGCUUUGAUUGCAAAAGCUCUGAUUUGACGAUUCGACAAAACGACGAAACCAUGUUCGUCUCAAGUAACUUACAGAAGCUUAAACUUGAAUCUGGCAGACCAUCUGCAUUUGUCCUCAAAGAUAUGACUUUACCUUCUCUAGCUGUCUUAUUCUACGAAUAUGGACGCUAUGAAGGUGGCGGAGAAAUACUUUUUCGUUUUAUUCAGCGCUCCUCACCUCCUUUGACAUAUUUGGAGUUAUACGACUAUGGCGCUGAAGAGGAUGUUUUGAUCUCGACAAUUCGCCUAUUGCCGACUCUCCUGCAACUGCGCAUUUCGGGGGCCACAGUUUCAACUCAGUUUUUCCAAACACUCACCAUGGCAAGCAAUAACAGUGCACCGGAUGCCUCUCCAGCCAUAGAAGACCAUGUAAUCUGUCCUGGGCUUCGCCUUCUUUGUCUUGGGUCAUUACGGAUUCUGGGAAACCGCGAUACUUGCAUUAACGCACUAAUCAGCAUGCUCAACUCACGUAAGCAAAUCUUCAAGGUGUUCAAAUUGGGCGGAUAUGGCCGUACUCGCGCUGUAGAUCUGGAUAAAAUUGAUUUAUAUGAGCUGCAAGAGUGUCUCAAUGGAUCUACCUUCUUAGCUCAGACGGACGACAUAAUUACUUAUCCUUUUGGUUUGCGGUAG